UUUAUCCCAAAAAGGAAAACAAAAAAGGAUGUGGAAAAGUGAGAGCAUCAACUAAACCCUUAAAAACAUAAUUUGGAGAGAAUGUCAACAAAACAUUGCCAUGGAUAAACACAUGUUCUAAAGUGAGGUAGGUGCUAUGUUGACUGGCAGUUUAAACUUGUGAAAGUUUCCUAAAUUAUGUGUGCCUCAGUUUCUCAAAAUAAACAAUGUGGAGGGAUGCCUGCAUAGCCUCUGUUAAGCAUUCAAACUCUGUUAUUUAGAUUAUCUACAAUCCUACAGGUUUUUAUAAUACUGAAAGAAAGAAGAAUCAAUUAAAAUAUUUUCAUAUGUUUUACAAAAGAAGCUAAAUAUCAUAAAGAAUAAUUCGAAGCUUAAUUUUAAAGAAACUUUAGAAGAAAUAGCUCUAUUUAAAUGUGAUCACAAGAUUUUUAUUUUGUCCAUGGCCUGUGAUGAUGUAUUUUUAAAGAGAGGUCAGUAUUGAACUUGAGAUAAUAUUCAUUACUCAAAUGAAAGGUCAGAUGGAACUUUGAGUUACUGGAGAGGAUCAUAUGUUUUUAAAUUUCAUGCAUUAUUAUCAUCAUAGAUAUUUUAAAAAGGUUAUAUGCUUUCCUCAAACCUAUGUAAACUAUUUUAUGUUCUAUAAGGGAAUGCAUAUUUUCUGUUCUCAAGGGGGAAACAGGAUUGGCAAUGAAAAACCACACAGUACCCACAGAAUUCAUUCUUCUGGGCCUCUCAGAUGACCCAGAGCUUCAGACUGUGAUUUUUCUCUUUUUAAUUAUCACAUAUAUAUUAAGUGUCGUGGGAAAUUUGGCCAUCAUCACUCUCACCCUGGUGGACUCCCAUCUACACACCCCUAUGUAUUUUUUCCUCAGGAACUUGUCUGUGUUAGAAAUUUCCUUCACAACUGUCUGCAUUCCUAGAUUUUUGGGCACAAUUGUCACCAGGGACAAAACUAUUUCAUACGGUAAUUGUAUAGCUCAGUUGUUUUUCUUCAUCUUCAUGGGAAUCACUGAAUUUUAUCUUCUAACGGCCAUGUCCUAUGAUCGCUAUGUCGCAAUCUGCAAACCCCUGCAUUAUACAACCAUCAUGAGCAAAAGAGUCUGCACACUGCUUGUCUUUUUCGCUUGGCUGGCAGGAUUCUUAAAUAUCUUCCCGCCAGUUGUUCUUUUUCUCCGGUUAGAUUAUUGCGGCUCCAAUAUCAUCGAUCACUUUGCUUGUGACUAUUUCCCCCUCCUGCAACUAUCCUGCUCUGACACAUGGCUCCUGGAAGUGAUUGGUUUCUACUCUGCCAUAGUGAUUCUGCUUUUCACCCUGGCAUUGAUCCUUCUAUCCUAUGCGUUCAUCAUGAAGACAAUCCUGAAACUGCCUUCUGCCAGUCAGAGAAAAAAGGCAUUUUCUACAUGCUCCUCUCACAUGAUUGUCAUUUCCAUCUCUUAUGGAAGCUGCAUAUUCAUGUAUGCCAACCCUUCAGCAAAAGAAAAGGCGUCCUUGACCAAAGGAGUAGCUAUUCUGAACACUUCUGUUCCUCCCAUGAUGAAUCCAUUUAUAUAUACCCUGAGGAACCAGCAAGUGAAGCAAGCCUUUAAAGAUACUAUCCAAAAGAUUAUGUUUUUUUCAAGUAAAUGAAAAUAUUUGUGGCAUUAAGAGAAUAAAGUUCUUGUCAAUGCUUCUAUUAUUCAUACUUUCUCACAACUCUUGCUUUCACAAUAGCUAUAUAUUUUUCCCUGUGUCCAUUCCCAUAUUAAAAUUUCCCCCACUUUGAACCCAGUACCUUGGAUAAAGUUGAAUAUUGCUUCAGAAUUUCUAUAAUUUGUUUUAUUCAAAUGUAUUGGAUGGCAUAUAAAACACAGGUUAAUGUUACGAUUUUGAGAAGUGAUUUGUUUUUGAAGAGACAUAGGCUAUUUAGCUUGAUGAAAGGGGUGUGAGGAUAGAUGUGAAUUUCUGAAGUUUUCCUUCUUACCUGAAGGAAAGAAAUGAGACCAGAAAUUAAUAUUAGCAGGAAAUUUUUAUUCUCUAUGACAUUUUUGUGAAAUCAGAUAACCACAAUUACCAGGGAGUUGGAAAUACAAUGUAAAUAUCUACUUAAAUAUUUUAAAAAGAUUAGAAACAUAUAUAUUCAAAUUCUUUAUACUAAUAAUAAUGCUUUUAAUGAUAAUGAGGAGGAGGAGAAAAAAGGAAAGUAGAAGAUAAAAUUUUAUUCAGCAAUUACUAGAUUCCAGACCUAUUUCAAUUCUUUUCUCCUUAUUGGCUCAUUGAAUCCUGCCAACAACUUUAUGAGGUACUGUAAUUGUUAUUCUUCUGCAGAAAUGUUUACCUUGUCUUUUUCUCUGGAAAUAUUUUAUAAGCUUGCUC